AUCUGUGGUGUUAUUCAAAAUGUCGCCGUCAAUACGUACACGAAACCAGUCUUUGGGGAGGAAAGAACUGAAAAGAUUAAAUAACAAGAAAUUGUCUACUAGGCUGGAAGAGCACGUAGUGAUUUCCAACCCCGGCGACAUGGGCAUCAUGUACCCGGGCGGCGAGACAGCCUUCAAAGCCCUUCUGUCCGCCCGCUUCUGUGCAGCCAUUUGGAGCCACAUCACGGACUGCGACGAGACGUUCAACUACUGGGAGCCCAGCCACUACAUGCUGUUCGGGCAAGGCCUCCAGACGUGGGAGUACAGUCCCGCGCACGCGCUGCGCUCCUACACCUACCUGCUGCUGCACGUGGUGCCCGCGUGGCUGUACCACCGCCUGCUGCAGCCCAACCGCCUGCUGCUCUUCUACUUCUGCCGCUGCCUGCUGGGGCUGCUGUGUGCCUGCUGCGAGGUCUACUUCUACAAAAGCGUCUGCCGGGAGUUUGGCGUCCACAUCGGCCGGCUGAUGCUGGCAUUCAUGGUGUUCAGUGCCGGCAUGUUCAUUUCCAGUACUGCGUUCCUUCCGUCGACUUUUUCUAUGUACAUGUGUUUGCUUUCAAUGGGUGCCUGGUACCAGCGGAAGUACGAACUCGCGAUAUUCGCCACUGCCCUCUCGGUGUUCCUCAGCUGGCCGUUCGCUGCGCUGCUGGGCGUCCCCAUCGCGGUGGACCUGCUGCUCAGGCGGAAGGAGUACGCCAAGUUCCUGCAGUGGAGCGCCAUCUCAGCUGCUGUCAUACUGCUCCCGAUGAUCAAGAUAGAUUCUUCAUACUACGGUCGCUUCGUUGUGGCUCCAUUCAACAUCUUGUACUACAACGUGUUCACGUCACAUGGUCCAGAUCUGUACGGCACGGAGCCUUUCAGCUUCUACUUCAUCAAUGGCUUCAUUAAUUUCAACUUUGUUUUCGUGGGAGCGUUGAUGACACCUUUGCUUAUAGCGCUGGUGCGGUGGCUGGUGCCCCUCAAGUCCCGCGCCGGGGCCUACCUGCCCCACUGGCUGUCCCUGCAGCCCCUCUACCUCUGGCUGCUGGUGUUCUUCUCCCAGCCACACAAGGAGGAGCGGUUCCUGUUCCCGGUGUACCCGCUGCUGUGCCUGAGCGCGGCGGUGGGCGUGGACGCGCUCCAGAAGCUGUGGUUCCGGCUGGCCGUGCGCUGGCACGAGCGCGGCUCCCACUACCUGGACCGCACGGCGCCCGUCGCGCUGGCGGCCGUGGCAGUCUGCUCCCUGCUGGGCGUGGCCCGCACGCUGGCCCUCUACAGCGGGUACCACGCCCCCCUCGACUUGUUCAUGGAGCUGGGGAACCUGGGCUCGGAGUACAAGCUGCCGCCGGACCAGACCAUCAACGUGUGCAUCGGCAAGGAGUGGUACCGCUACCCCUCCAGCUUCUUCCUGCCGGACAACAGAUGGCAGCUGCGGUUCCUCAAGUCUGAGUUCAGGGGGCAGCUGCCCCAGCCGUACAGCCCUCUGCCCAACGCCACGACCGUCAUACCUCCACACAUGAACGACCAGAACAGAGAGGAGCCCACGAGAUACUUUGACGUCCAGCAUUGCCACUUCUUGGUGGAUCUGGAUAUCGGCGCAGAGUCAGAGAGGCAACCAAACUACUCCGCUGAUAAGGAACACUGGUCAGUCAUCAAGUCCAUCCCCUUCCUGGACGCAGCACGGUCAAAUAAAUUCUUCAGAGCAUUUUACAUCCCGUUGGUGUCGCCGCAGUACUGCCGCUACGCCCCCUACAACUUGCUGCAGUCCACGAGCUUGCGACUGAGCAGGAGAGACGCCCCGGCCAGGUAGACCGUACCUGCUCCGGACGCUCCGUACCGCGUGUGACAGCCAGUCAUUCAUUAUCUGCAUGUGUCACAAUAACUUGUGUGGCAUUAAAGGUAAAUUUUAACCCUAUACCUAGCAUUGAAAAUAAAAAAAAAAUUAAAAUAAGGGUAACUGUUGGAUUCAUGUAGAAGAAAUGUGUGUGUGUUAUUCAGGUGAAUUUGUUUAUAUUGCAUAGCAUCAGUAAUGUUUGAUUCUAUACCAAAGGAAUCCUAUAAUUAUCUGAGGAAAUAAAACAAUCGCAAUAAAAACGCUGAUAUGAAAAAAAUUUUAAGUCAUUUUUCGGUCUACAAUUAUAUUAAGUAGGGAUUGUUGCAUUGCAAAUAAAAAUUAAGUUUCAUUUUGAUUAUAAUAUGAAAAAGAUUUUGGCAUAAAAUAAAACAUGUUUUGUUAAGCUGCCUGGAAUAGUAGACCUAUGCAAAUCAUCAUGUUAAAAUUAUGACUUUAUCCAACACUUGACCAUAUUUCUUUUUUAGAAUUGUAUACGCUUCCACAUGCAAUACAAGAGAGACAGUCUAUAGAUAUGAAGUACAUGCACUGCCUCUCAUCAUUGUUUUUUGUUAGUGGUGAAGGUAAAUAUCGGUAAAAGCAGUUCUUUCCGAUUGGGCAAACAUGCCAAGCAUAUUGUUGUUGCAUUGGUUACAUGGUGCUUUGUUUGGAAAGCAACGUUUGAUUUUGAGUUUCAAACUUAGAUAUAAACUAAGUGAUCUCAAUACUUUUUUGUUUUUUUUAAUUAUUUCAGCCCUUAGGCUCCUGUAAUGAAAAACCUGUACAAUACAUCUGCAUUCUGCACAAAACAUUAGUUAAAAAGGAGAUUAUACAUAGGAACUUGAAACAUUUUAGAUGUUUCAUUUUAAGUCUGUAUGACACAAUUUUUCUUCUUGAUUAUAAUCUUAAAAUAAUGUUUAUGUAUAAACAAAUUUUGUUGUGUGAAGAAUUGACUGUGAAACCGAUAGUUUGUGAACUACAUGAGCACAAAGUUUUGUCUUGUAGCACUUCUUGCAGAAUGGAUCUCAAAAAAAAAUUUGACGAAAUCUGCUCAUUUUGUGGUAUAGCGCAAGUAAUAUAUAUGUGAACUACUGAAUGAUAACAUUCAAAAAUUUGCAAGUGGUCAUAAAAUCAGCUAAUUUCAUAAAAGCUGAAGAAAUAAUAAAACCAGUAUAAACAUGGAAUAUAUAUGUACUACCAUAUAGUUUUGUAAGACACAACAAAAGUCAGAUCCACGCUACGAGGUGAAUGAGUGGGACGCGGCGACGUGAGGUGUGGGCUUGUCACGUCACGUCACGUCACGUCACGUCACAUCACGUCACGUGGUGGGCGCUGGUUCAGUCUUGGUACAGUGUCCACCCAAAAAUUAAGGAAUGGCAGACAGAAUUUAAAAUCUAAAAGAAACAAGUUUUUACAAGCUAGCAAGAAAAAUACCAAGCUGUUCAGUGAUUUUUACAUGAAAAUGUGGGUGGUUUAGAAGAAAUCAAGCCAGAUUCAAGUAUUAGUUCGGCAGAAUCUGUCCUGCAAAUUUGGGAAGCAUUCCAGUAAGUGUGUUUAUUUGCAGUGUGGGUGAAAUUAAUUUUUACUUUUAAUUCAGUACAAAUUGACUGCAUCUUAAUGAGAAAAAUUGCAGCGGUAUAUAUGUGUAGGUAUAUUUGUUAAAAAAAAAAAUGUUAUUAUAUGUACAUACACUAAAUGCAUGUGUGUGUGUACAUAUGUUUGUGUGUUUGGUCUGUAAUUAAAAUAUCCGUGUUUAUUUAUGUGCAUGAUAUGUAUAGGCCUACAUUCUAAUAAGUUUUAAGGGUGUAAUUUUGUAUAUGUUGGAGAGUGUAUGUUUAUGUCUUUAUGUGUAUACAAGUAUGUAUGUGUAUUAGGAUAAACUGUUUUUUGGCAAAUGCAUUGACAAUAUCAAAUAUUUUAUUUGGUACUAGCCGUGCUUCACUCGCGCUGCUCUUUGUGCCCGCCCCUCCUUGAGGGCGCUGUGAACACUUCCCCAUGAGACCCAGUAAUAAUAAUUUGUUAUACAUUUUUGUAGAGAUGGACGAGUUGAGGUUUUUUGGCUUCGAGUCGAGUCGAGUCGACUCGAGUCGAGCCGAGUUCGAGUCACAAAAUUUUUGAAGAGGUCGAGUCAGUUUGAGUUUCAUAAUUUUAUAAUUUUUUGCGUCGAAUAUGAUAAAUAAAAUAUUACAACACCCAUUGAUAUAAAAAUUGUGUAUCCAAGAUGCAUCUGCAUUAUUUAAAUAUUUUAAAUGAUUAAUUAGCAAAUCAUUGUUAUUUAAAUAUUUUAAAUGAUUAAUUCAAAUCAUUGUUAUUUAAAUAUAAAAAACCUAAGCUUUAUUUCAACAUGAUUUCACAGUAUCUUUAAUGUAGCUAUCCUAACCAUAUCAACCGUCCACAAUGUUUUAAAGUAUUUAUAAUGUAGGUAACCUAACCUAAUUGACCAUAGUUAUCAUGAGUUGUCCAAAAUAAACAUUCACGGACACACUGCAAACGAAAAAUAUGGCGGCGUACAAAUAAAUACAGUUGCCUUGUUUAUGGUAUUUCCUUUUAUCAACACCGCCAUAUUUAUUUACAAUUAACAAAAAAAAAAAAAAAAAACGAAGAUGUACGAUCGGGAGUUUGGCUCUUUCGUCUGUGGAAAGAAGGCUUCCCGAGGUACGUAACUUUUUUUUUUCCGAUCCACCGGCAGAUCCCCACAUGAACAAACAGCUCAAUGGAUAUAGGCCUCGUCACAUUCUCAAUGUAAAUACUUUUUCCGCGGCAAGAUUAUUCGCCCGGAACUUGUUACAACUACAAGAAUAUCAAUAUGUUUUUAAAUAAAUAUUUCAUGCAUUUGAUUUGGCGAUCAGUAACUGAUUGCCAAAUAAAAUGCAUGAGCGUUGUUAUUAUUAUAUUUUAUUCAAACAAAAAGAAAGUAUUUUAUCCUAAACGUUAUUGUCACGCAGCGCUGCGUAGCGAAGCACAGCUAAAUUUAGUUCCAAAAUGCAAGUCUGGCUGGCCUUACACGCAGCCAUUUUCACGCAUCACGGUUUGGUGUUAUUUACUAAAUAUUACAAUAUAAUUAUUUUAUGUUUUUAUUUUUAGGUUACGGAAAUCUCUUGUUUAUACGAGUUAUUAUAAACGGGGCACGAUAAACGUGAUGAUUAUUAAUAUAUGUGCGUUUUGCAACAAAUUUUGUUUCAGUGAAAAUCCAUUGACAUAUUUUGUAAACAAAUGCGGUACCGUAUUUGAAGUAAACACAGGAUGAAAAACAAAAUGAAAACAGUGCACGCUGUUUUCCAAGCAUUUUUUUUAUAUAAAAUGGUCAUGUGACAUAAUUUUGUCCUAUAAACUGUCGCCACUAUCGACAAAAUCACGUUCAUAAAUGAAGGUAGUGGUAGGCCUAGGUUUGGUUGCACUUGUACCUAUCAUAGCGCCGUAGCAUGGUAGCGGGCAAGGUUAGGUUUGCACGGGAUUUGUUUUGUUUAAAGGUCAUUAUCAUUUCUUGCCGUAUUAAUGACUUGGCAAAAACGUCAAGACAACCUAUAAUAAAGUGCUAUAAUGUCACGAUGCUGGUACUUAACUCGAAACGUGUUUCGAGUCUCGAACUUGAUAAAAUAUGUGAGACUGUUUUCGAGUCGAGUCAAUCUGACCCAACUCGGCUCGGCUCGGCUCGACUCGAUAAACCAAGACUCGACCCAUCUCUACAUUUUUGUCAUAUUUCAGGUUAGAUUAUCAAAUGAUGUAAAGUUUUUUCUUUUAGAAGUUAUUGUGAACUUAAUUCUGUGGGUUUAUUAUUUUUAUAAUUCAUAAGUUUAUUUUUCAAGGAUUUUUUUUUUUUGCUGGCUUCUUUGUGUGGGAAGGCGUGUUGACGUAAUUCUCCUUCGUUUUUUCCACGACCGAGGCUUGGUUUCACACGCUAGGCGUGUGGGUCACUGUCACAGGGGAGUGUGCGAGAGAGAAAAUCGCUGCAUUGUGGGAACAGAAGUAAGCAUUUCGUGGAAGUUUCUGUUGCCAUGCGCCGUGAUUGGCUGAGAACCAGGCCACUGCCUGCACAGAGGGAAGGAAGGCUGUAAAGGUGGUCGUUGUUCAGGCACCGGGCCGAGCGAAGGCUCCGUGUUUUAUUCUUUUCUGGAUGUACAGUUUAAUAUUUUUGUGUGUUCUGUUGUGCAGAAGAUAUUAUGAUUUUAAGUAAAUAAAAACAAAAGAUAAUACAUGAAA